GGUACCUUAUUUUGCUAGUCGUACCUAUACAGCGGUUAUUUUCAGCUUUUUUUAGUGUCGAUUACCAUUUAAAACCUGAGUAGUAAUGGCAAAACAAAUUAUAAAGCCAUAUUUUUCAAACUGGGCAAAUAUGGAAAAGCUGGUGCCAACUGAACAGAAGUCCAAAUAUCUAGCUUUCAGAUCCAGAUACGAAACAUAUUUACGACGAGUACGAUCUCUUCCUGAGAGUCCCCCGAAAAUCGACUGGGAACGCUACAAGAAGCUGUUGCCCGAUGAGAACAUCGUGAACAAGAUGAAGUCCUCAUACGAGGCGUUCCAGGUGCCCUUCCCGGAGGACACGCAGACGCGUCUCAUCGAAGAACAAUGGACAAAUCUGGAGCCGGAGAUAAAGGCGUUCUGUGAGGACAUACAAAAGGACAUCGACGAGGCACAAAAGGAGCUCGCUCGUAUCAAGACGUUGCCGAAUUUCAGUGACAUGACAAUGGAGAUGUUUGGCGACUCUUACCCGGACUUGGCCCUGGACUCCGUGAACAAGCCAACCUUUUGGCCUCACACCCCCCAGGACCAGCUGGGAUAUAAAAUAACAGAGGCAGAACUCUAUAGCCAAGACGACAAAUAAGAUGAUGUGUAGUGGAUUUUCAUAGGGAGA